AUGGUCAAGAAGAUCAGUUUCUACACCGCCUACGGACAGUUCCUCGAGAUGGUCGAGCGUCAGGCGGAGCAGGAGCUCGAGCUGAGCAAGCAGGAGGACACGGACCGCUACCCGAUUGACCAUCCGCUCAGUGACUAUCAGGAUGCUCUCAUCUCGGUACGAACUUCUGCAUGUUCUGCAGAAACGAAAACAUUGCUAUUUCAGGACAUCCAAGUGCAGUCGUGCCCUGCGGAUCUCUCGGUUCCCGCUGGCCCGGUCUGUGUCCGCAAGACUGUCAGUUGCCCGCAUGCUCUGCUCGCUUCCGCUCUUUCGACGACCGCCCCUGCUUUUGCCAUUGUCGAUCCGAUCCAGUCGCCGGUUCCGACGAGCGUCGAGUCGCGGAAGCUGAACGACGCCACCGCGCUGAUGAUGUCCUUCUGGAAGGUGCACGUCACGAUGCGCAAGAAGAAGCCGGAGCAGCUGCCGUCGUUGUUCGAGAAGCUCGAGGGCAUCUUCAGUUCGCCGUCGACUUCCGAAGCCACGAGGACUGACAUUCCGACAAUUUUCGGAAAGAUCGAAGGAUUGUUCGAGGAGGAAUCCGAAAAGGACACCACAUCCGGAUCGACGAUUCCCUUUUCGGAUAUGAGCUCGGAACUGACGGUCUGCUCGUUGUGCGAGAUGUGGAAGUCGAUGGAGAACCCGGCGAUUCCGCAAUUGCCGGUGUUCGUCAGAUCUCCGAUCGACUCUCUCCGACUGUACCAGGACAGAAAGUGCUUCCAGAACACUGAUGAGAUGGCGGAUGAUGGUAACAUUUCGAGAUUCUGGAAGAAAACAUAAUUUUGCCCUUCAGAGUUGACUCUGAUUCCGUCGCCAGUAACCAUCAGCCGUCGCCCGUCCACUUCGUCCAGCUCGAGCAGCUCCAGCAGCUCCGGAGUGUCCCACAGAACCAACAGCUCGGAGUGCGUAUCUUUCUACGAGAAGAGACAUCGACUCAUGGAGAAGAUGGUCAAAAAGCAGCAGGAGAUCAUCAAGAGCUUAUUGGAACUGAACAAUGUCUCCAACAAACUGUCCAAAUUCGGUCAAUAA